ACGGAGAAGGGAGACUUGCCCUGCCCAUCCAGCAUAGCGCUUUCAGGCUUGUGUUUUUUAGCUGCAACUCCACCCCGUGCUGGUGGAGAAGGGAUCGGUUCCCACUGAUCGCAGGAAAGGGAGGUCACGGGGUUUGCUUGAUUAAAUCACCACAAGCCAAAAGGUUCUCUCUCUCUCUCGCUCGCUUACUGAGAAUUGCUCACAGGCUGUUUAAUUUGUUCCAAAAAGAAAAGCAAAACAAACAACAAACCCCCGAGCCCAACAACCAACAGCACACGGAGAAAAGCAGGUGUGCCUCCAGCUCUUGGGAAAACAAAGGGCAGAGGCUGAGGCAGGAGUUGACACUUGGAUGGGAAGUUUCCUUCCCAGCGCAGGAGGACACGUUUGGAAAGGACUCCGGCACGACCAGCACUUGUUGUCCUACAGGCCAGUAUCCAGGUGAAGUCUCUCUGGAGAUGAAUCUCUCUAAAACCCACCUUUGCUGAGAAAACCUGAUAAAUCCCUGCUGGAUACCCACGUCGGUGACAUCAAGUAUAUUGCUUGGCUAUAAACUCAUUGCUGUCAAAAGGCUGUACAGCAAGUCCCUGGACAAAAUGCCACCCCCAAUUAAUGCAGGACUCCACUGCCUAUUUCUACUGGUCACAGCAUGUUGCCAGACAUCACAGGAUUCAAACUUCAGUCCAUUCAUCCAAUACGUAUUUGACAGUCCGCUAGGAGAGGAAAGCUUCCAGUCAGAGAUGCAAAGGCAGAAGCGAAACAUGAUUAUUUUUGACCUUACCCCUGUGGAGUACACCGUUGACAUUGAAGUAAGCCUUAUGGAUUCAUCUUCUCUGGAGCCUGUCAAAGACUGUUUAAAAAACCUUAGUCUUUCAGUUUCAACAAAUAUUUCAAAUGUAGAAAUGAAAGUUUCAAACAUCAGUGUUACAACAGUCUGUCUGCCCAGUGGUGAGAACAGCAGCUGUUGUUCUUGUGAAAGUGGAUAUGCCUGGCCAAGAGCGGUGUGCGGUGACUUGAUAACCUGCCCUUCUGCCAGCCUAGCACCCAACCUGACCUGCCCUUCUGCCAGCCUAGCACCCAACCUGACCUGCCCUUCUGCCAGCCUAGCACCCAACCUGACCUGCCCUUCUGCCAGCCUAGCAUCCAACCUGACCUGCAGCUACAUGAGGGACAUGCCUCUCAACGGGACUUACUGCAAGCCUCAGACUGCCGAAUCAUGUGGUAUGGGAGAGCCCAUUGUAAUGGAAAUGUCAGUCAGACUCGACAAAGAGUUUUGUGGUGAUCUCAGCAAUUCUUCUUCUGAUUUAUACAAAAAAUACAAAUAUGACCUUGAAACAGCGUUUAACGCUAGCUACAGAUGUUUACCAGGCUUCGUAUCAGCAACAGUAACUGGUUUCAUGCCUGGAAGUGUUUUUGUGAACUACGAAGUAAAAGCGGGAGCAGCAAGCUUCAAACAGAUAGCAAGUGCCAACAGAAUUUUACCACAAUUUCUAGAUCCAUUCUACCAGCUAAACCAAGAUACCAUCACAAGAAAAAUAACUAAUCAGACAAACUUCACUGUGAUUCCUGAAGACAUUUUUGAAGGAGAUACGGUAAGACUGAUUUGUGAGAUAAAUUCAACAUCUGAGAAUGUGACCUGGUAUCAUGGCGAUCAGAUUAUCUCAACCAGCCCCCCAAACUCAACGGACAGGGGAACCUCAAGGUCGAUUCUUGAAAUUGCCAACAUUACAAGCAAGAAUCCUGAUUCCUACAGCUGCGAUUUCACAAACAGAAAUCAUCAGUUUCACACACUGUUAUACCAUGACACGAAAACAAUAACAAUCUCUCAGCUAAACAUCACUCGAAACGUAAACAACAUCACUGUUGUAUGCAACCGUCCUGAAAUGCAGAAUAACAGUUCUCUGCUGUCCUGCUGUAUUGACAAACACUUGCCAUCACUUACUGGUGACUGGAAAGUAAACGGAGAAAUCAAUAUUACAGGACAAUCCAGUUCCAGUGGAAAUUGCACCGAAUACAAGCUCAACAUCACGGAAUCACUGUGCCCACCGGAGAAGUCAGAUACAGUGACGACAUAUACGUGCGAGCUGCAGACUGGACACGGUGCCAGGAGCAGUCAGAACAUCAGCGUGAGGUACCUCCGGGCAGCCGAUGUAACAGUAUCUUCAAGCGUAAAAUCAUCAGUUUCCGAGGGAUAUGAAUUCAAUGUAAUGUGUGAAAGUGACAUGAGCAAUUAUGAAAAUAUCAGUUGGAAAAUCCAGUCUGGAAACGAGACAAAAACAGUCGACUGUGAUAAGUACAUCACAAAUAACAGAUCUGCAGGCACAUCUCUGCUCAAAGUGGAUGCUGCCACACAGGACUGGAAUGGCACCUACAUCUGCACAUUCUCCCAGAAGUACUGGAACAGUUCUGCCAAUAUGACAAUCGAGGUUAUUUCCCUGCCUCUGAAGCAGGACAUCCUGAGAGACCCCAUUAGAGCAUAUAUACAGUGCAAAGUGCAGCAAGCCCUUCAGUGCUGCAUAAGUACUGACACUGUGGAAGACUACACUGUUAAAUUCGUGGUUCAACAAACUGAAUUUGACGCUGUGAAAAAGGGAAAAGGAAACUCGACUUGCUACAUGUACAAUUACACAGAAGCAGAAGGCAGCACAGACAAAACUCUCACAGCGUAUUGCAAGUUUAUUAACCGCAUUGGACAGGAAGUCAACAGUGAAAAUAUAACACUGCACGUGAUAUGUGGUACCAAAAUUUCCUGCUCAGGCAGCAUUGGGAUUGGAAGAGAAGGGGACACAUCAGUAAAGCCAUGCUAUGACUCAAAUAGCCCAAAUGGUUUUACCCAAGGCAAUAUAACUUACAAGUGCUCCCACAAAUCAUGGGAGCUUCAAAGCAAUAACUGCCUGUCUGUGCCAAUAAGCGAGCUGCUGAGUGGUGCCGAGUCCUUGGUCAACAGUCCGGACAGAAAACAAAAGCUACCUGGAUACCUUGAAGAGCUUAGGAGUACGACCAAAGAGCAGGAAAACACAUUGAACCAUCCUGCAAACCUAGGCGCAAUCGUUGACAUCAUGGAUAUGAUCUCCUCUAUCCCAGUAGAGGCGAAGAAUGACUCUAUUCAUAAUUUCCUUUCCACUGUGGACAUUAUUGUUGCUGAUUCCACACAUAAAGCUUGGGAAGACCUGAAUAAAGGGAACAAACCCAGAAGUUCUUCAUUGCUGAAUUCAAUAGAAAAUUUUUCCCAGAACCUCCAACCAGUUAAUAAUAACAUCCCUCACAUCUCUGUAAAAACCCUUCAGCUACAAGGUAUAGUUGUCACAGAAAAAAGCACAGAUUAUAAUAAGACCUUCCGCAGUACAGAAAACCUCACAGUUAAUGUGUUCAUUGGUCAAACUGACGUUCAGACUCUAAACAAAACCUCAGCCAUUGUCAGUGUGAUGUACUCAAACCUUGGACCUAUUUUGCCCCGGAACAAGACCCAAUAUGUGAACGGCUUACUGAUAACAACAACUGUGGGCAGCAACAAAAUCCAGAAGUUUGAUAUUAAUAUGACCUUUGCAAAGAAAAAGACAUCUCUAAAGACUCCCCAGUGUGUCUUUUGGAACUUCACACUCAACGAACAAAGAGGGGGCUGGGAUACUCAGGGUUGCACAGCCACAUGGGAAGAAGACAAUUAUGUCAAUUGCUCCUGCAAUCACCUGACAUCAUUCUCCAUUCUAAUGUCAGCUGAUACAACCCACCCGGAUAACAUUGAAAAUCAUAUUACCUACAUUGGCCUGGCCAUUUCAAUCUUGAGUUUGGUGACCUGCAUUAUAAUUGAAUCCUUAGUCUGGAAAUACGUGACAAACAACACAACCUCCUACAUGCGCCAUGUCUGUAUACUCAACAUAGCUACAUCACUCCUGAUUGCUGACGUUUGGUUCAUUGUCACUGCUUCCAUCAGAGACCAAAACCAAUCGACGAGCACAAGUAUCUGUGUUGUGGCCACCUUCUUCAUCCAUUUAUUCUACCUGUGUGCCUUUUUCUGGAUGCUCAGCCUGGGCCUCAUUCUUUUCUACAGACUGGUUUUCAUCUUGCAUAACACAAGCAAGACCACUCAGAAAGCAGUGGCAUUCUGUCUGGGAUACGGGUGCCCCUUUGUCAUUGCAGUCAUCACCAUUGCUGUCACACUGCCAAGGAACAAUUACACCAGAAAGGGUGUCUGCUGGCUCAACUGGGAGGACAGCAAAGCUCUCUUGGCCUUCGUCAUACCUGCCCUGAUCAUUGUGGUCAUGAAUUUGUUCAUCACUGCAGUUGUUAUAAUAAAAAUACUAAGACCAACUAUUGGGGAUAGGUCAAACAGGCAGGAGAGGAAGUCUUUGUUUCACAUUGGCAAAAGUAUGGCCAUCUUGACACCACUGCUAGGCCUCACCUGGGGAUUUGGCCUUGCCACCGUCAUCAAAAACAGCCAUCGAGCUUUCCACAUCCUCUUUGCUCUGCUCAAUUCUUUGCAGGGAUUAUUCAUUUUGGUGUUUGGGACUCUCUGGGACAAGAAGAUACAAGAAGCCCUGCUGAAGAGGAAUUCAAUGUCCAAAUGGAGUUCACAGCAAACAAAGUCAUCGUCCCUGAUCCUGGUGACACCCAUGCUUGCUAUGAGCUAUCCAUUUUCAAGAACCUUUAACAACUUAUGCGGGAAAACAGGAAAAUACAGAGUAUCAUCUUCAGAGCCAUCCAGCGCUUCCUCUGAAAACACUUCCAAGUCAUAUUCUUUGCUUAACUGAGGCACUGCAAAUGCUAAAUCACGUAAUUCUGAAAGGACCUCUGCCCUUUCCAAGACACAUGCGAAAAGCACCUUUGAGUGAGUCACCAAGAAGUGGGCUGCUUCACUCUGACUAAGCUGUGCCUUGGUGCAUUCUUCUGGAAUAAUCAUUUCUGGUUAAGGUGUAAGGCAGGGAAGCUUUGAGAAGUGGAAUUUUACAGGGGCUGCCAAUCCCAGAAGAGAUGACAAGAUGUUUCAAACUUGGAAUGAUUUGAAGGCCUUCAAGUGCUGGGAAAGACAUUGGGGGUGAAGAUUUCCCAGCCUUUAAGAGGGUGCUUAGCACUAUGCAGUACUGAGCCAUGAAUUGUAGUGCUAUAGACAGCUGUUUGCCAGUGGUUUUAGUAUUUCCGCUAUCAACGCUCUGAAUGAUUCCAAAGGCCUGUGUAGAUACACCAGUACCUCAUAGCUUCUCUCCUGCCUUCAUAUUAGAGCCUGGAAAGGCCAUAGGGUAUAGUGCUCUCCACUUUCUACUCAAGAUUUUCUGGAAUCAAAGAUUCACAGCUGAGAAAGUCCAGUUCAGAUCUUCACUUUUGACUUAGAUAAAAUGAAGACCGUGAUGAUUCCUGCGUGGUCUUCUUUCAGAUGGAAUGUACUGCAAGCUCCAUGUGGCACUUUUUUUUUUUGAAGAAAAGGAAGCUUUAUAUCCUAACAAUAAUUGUCCUUCCCUUGAUAUGUAAUGUGGUAAGACAGAGAUGGUUGCUGCCCUCUACCACAGAGUGGACUGCCUUUAUUUAAUGCAUAGUAGUGUUAAGUAUGUGAGGAGUCUCUUGUGUAAAGUCUGUAUAUUUGGGUCUCCUCUCAGAGGAGAAUCGCACUUGGAGUGCUCAGAAAGUCAACUCUGCAGUGAAUAUAAACCAUCAUGUGCCAGGCAGGAUGAAAGGUUUUAUAUAAAUUAUUGCUCUAAUACUACAUUUGUGGAAUCAGUUAUUUCCAAGCCCGUGUACCUUUAAAGGCAGGACUCCUGUCUUAAGCAGAGGGCUAUGAGAGCGCCUGCAAAGUAUUUACAGCACACACAAAGGUUACAAAACUUAAUGUAAAAUAUGAGAGACGGAAUCAUGAAGAUUUAGAUUUGAGGCCAAUAUCAAAUACUGCUGUCAGGUAGUACAGUCCCAUUUGGUUGUUAGGGAAUCAGGCCUAUGUUUACCAGUGGGGAACCUGUUCCCAGGACUUCGGGAUGAACCAGGAUGGGAAACUGUUGCCUACUUUUGCAGGCAUGUGUGAUGGUUUGGUAUGGGGACGUGAUGAUGACUGAAGACAAUACACAAGCAUCAAUCAAAUGUA